UCAAAACGAACAAAUAGUUUCGUGCUCGGAAAAAAAAAAAGAGAAGCUUCAGAAAAAUGGUGAUUUUAUCGGCGAGCUCCACCGUGAGAGCUGCCUUAGAUACACAACCUAGACUUCCGUACAACCCUAAUGCGCCGCGAAAAGUUAAGAAAACCCCUAACAAUAAUUCAUUCUUACCACCACCGUCACCUCCACCGUCUCCAGGAAUCAGCAUCUCCGUCGCUGAUUUGCUCAAGCGUCCCGCAAGUAAAGAAUUAACUGUUGACGUUGAUGAUACGUAUAUGGGAUAUGAGACAUGGUCUCCAAGUCCACCAAAGUUGGAGAAACCAAGAUCAGUCUUCAAUGCUGCUUCUUUGGCCUUCAUAGGCGAUUCCAUUUUUGAGCUAUAUGCUCGUAGGCAUUUUCUUUUCCCUCCGCUCAGUAUUGAAGAUUAUAACGAUCGUGUUAGAGCAGUGGUGCGCUGUGAAGCACAGUAUGCUUUGCUGAAGAAACUUGUUGAUGAUGACUUCUUAACAAAGGAAGAGAGGUCAGUACACAAAACCCACUAUUUCAGCAUCCAACUUCUCUCUGCUGAGAUACAUGAUUCCACUUCUUAUUGGUUUCUAUCCAUCUGA